UCAUACCUUAAGCCUUAAACUAAAAAAAGACAGAGAACAAGAAACAGAAAGCAAAGAGCACCUUGUAGAUUAGGCUUUACACAUCCAGUAUGUUCUGUGUCUCACAAGUGUCCUUAUGUAUCAUAUGAAAAGAAACCGCAGGACCUUUCUGAACGUAUUGGGCUUUCCGUGUGAAGUAAGUUUUGAGGUUAUAAAAUUACGUUAGGAAACUAAGUAAUUAGGAUUAUAUGCUUUUUUAUUUCAUAACGAAGAAGCGUCAUUAAGUAUUGUAAGAUGAUGUGGAUAUUACAAAAUAUUAGGAAAGAGUCGAUAUUAUUUGGUUUGCUUGGUGUAUCUUUAACAACUGUUGGUAUAACUUUGCUAUAUGAGUUCUAUCUAAGAAAGGAGGAUGAUAAAUGCAAAUCAAUAUGUCAAGUAGAGUUCAAAGUGCCUAAUUCGAAUGUGGCUUUUAUUAUUGGCAAACAGGGUUGUACAAUCCGUGAUAUAGAAAAGAAAAGUGGUGCAACUAUCAAUUUGCGAAGACGUAUAAACAAUAAAAACAAUAAAAAAUGCGAUUCUACAGAUAAAAUUUGCCUUAUAUCAGGUUCUGCAGAGGGUGUUAAAUUAGCACAGGUUAUGAUUCAAAACAUAAUAGACAAUAUACCUGUUAUCGAUACCUAUGAGUUUUAUGUGCCAUAUAAAGCUGUGAAACACAUCUUGGGAAAAGGUAGACAAAAUCUACAGAAGAUUCAAGAAAUUUCCCAUGCAAAAGUCAUGAUCGACGAUAGUGAUUUAGAUUAUAAGUCUCCUGACCAUCCCGCAAAUUAUUCAUAUGGUGACCCUUCUAAAGAUGGUAAAAAAAGAAUAGUAGUACACGGGACCGUCAGACAAAUAGAAGUAGCUCUUGAUCUCAUAGAACAGAAAGUUCAACAGGAAGAUGGAGUUGACGCUGUGCUGCAAGAGUUAUGUCCCAUCAAAGUGUCUGGAGCUCAUACAAAACUUUUGACGGAUGAAAUACGCAACGGCCCUACAUUUUCAAAAAUUACUCUAUCACCAUUACCACCAGAUGAUACAAUGGAAGUGUACGUAAGUGCAAUGGAAACACCGGGCCAAUUCUGGGUACAAAUACUCGGUCCUGGAAUUAUUUAUUUAGAAUCUUUAGUCAGCCAAAUGUCAUUGUAUUACGACGACGAAAAUAAUCGCCCAAUGCACAUUAUGAAAGAGAUAACUGUGGGUGAUAUAGUAGCAGCUAGAUGCAUACAGUUUGAUCAAUGGUAUCGAGGAGAAAUAACAAGAAUUCUACCAAAUUCUCAAUAUGAAGUAUUCCUCUUGGAUUAUGGAACCUUUUUAGAAUGUACCAGAAAGGACAUACUUGAACUUCGUACCGAUAUGUUGAGUUUACGACUUCAAGCAGUGGAGUGUAAGCUAGCAAAUGUAAAGCCCAUAAAAACCAAAUGGGACUCGGAUGCUUGCAAGGAGUUCAUUGCAUGUACUUGGCUAGGGCAGUCGAAAGUCAUGGACGCUACAAUUACAGGUUACAUAAAACGUCCCUCUCAUCACAGAAGACCUCCAAAAUCAGACGCCGUGGUUCUGUGUGUCGAGCUUUUCGAUAGACAUCAGAACAUUAAAAUUGACCAACAUCUAAUAAGUUUGGCUCUUGCCGAGCUUGAUGAAGUUCACCCGGGGACGAUGCAUCUCGAGACAAAUCCAAUAAAACGUCAGUUUUUGUCCAUUCAACUUCCAAAUAAGACCGUAUGCUUGACUGCUCAUGCGGAAGAAGGGGAGAUGAACGAGGAUAAGUCGGCACCUUUUUCAAGUAUAUAUAACUCAACAACACCAACGUCAAAGAAAUCCAAUCAGCCAGUUAACACAACUGACUCAAUAACAUUGGCGAAAGAGUACAAUGAUAUCGUACCAGAGCGGAGGAGUCAGGCGACUACAUUAACGUUGGAUACAAAUAAGGAUGAUGCAAAACGUGAAUCUGAACCAGACGACGUAACAAUGAAAAAGGGGCACGGUGACAUUGUACCGGAACGGAAGAAUGAAGCAGAGAUAUCAACAUCGGGUGCUAAUAAGAAUGAUAUAAAAGACUCUAAACCAGACAAUGUAACAACGUCAGUGAAGAAGCACAGUGACGUCGUACCGCUGCGGAAGAACGAAGCGGCGGAGAUAUCAACGUCAGAUGCGAGUAAAAAUGAUGCAAAACCUGAAUCUGAAUCAGAUGACGUAACACCGUUAGAGGAGGAGCACAGUGGCAUCGUACCGAAGAAUGGAGCGGAGAUAACGUCAGAUGCGAAUAAGGAUGAUAUAAAACCUGAGUCUAAACCAAACGAAGUAACAGUGUCGGUGAAAGAGCACAUUAACGUUGCACUAGAGCGAAAGAAUGAAGCAAAUAUAUCAAUGUUAGAUGCGAAGAAGGAUGAUAUAAAUCUCGAACUAGAAUACUUGCCUGUUGAUAACAUAGUUGCGACUCAAGUUAAUUUGAGAUAAAUUGAAAGAUGACUUGGAGAAAAUAUGUUUCUUCCUAUAUUCUAAUAGGAUUGUAAUUUUAUAUAAUAUGUAUUAUAUUUUAUAUAUAUAGUACAUUUUAUAUAUAGUGUAUGUGUGCGUGUAUAUAUAUAUGUAUGUAUAUAUGUAUAUAUAUAUUUAUACACGUACAGUUUGAAAAUGUGUAUGCGUGUGUGUACAUAUGUAUGCACAUAUUUUCAUCGAUUUUAUCCUAUAUUUAAAAUUAGUAGGACUUACAAACCUGUAUUUUUUUCUCUUUGUAAUGGAACUGUGUCAUAUCUUAAAGUCGUUAGGACAAAAAUUUCUGUUGGUCUUUUUAGAUUUGUAGACAUUUAAUGUCAUUAUAGAACCUUCGUCUAGGACAUAUAAAGCUUUAAUUUUUUAUCCACAAAUAUGUUUGCACUAUCGAAUAAGUGUAUCAUAAAACAAAUUAAGUUUUACAAUGAAUCUUUUCUGAAAUCUUCAAUAAUGGCAUUUAUGUUUGUAAGCUUUGUUUUAAUGUAUUAAAGCUUAUGGUAAUUAUGGAGAUUACAACAACUGAAAUCAUUCUGAACAUUAUGAUUUGUAACAUGUUUCAACAGUAAAAUUUGCGAAACACAAAAGUACUUGCGUGUAAUCAUAACUUUGUGAUACAUAUUAUCGAAUAUAUACAUGCAUACGUAUAUUGGCUCUUUCACGUAUGUACAUGUGCAUACGUGCGCCUGUGUAUACGCAUGCGGGUGGAUAUGCUGCGAAAUAUUUAAAGAUCUUUAACCCGUCAUUGGCAAGGUGAAAUCUAGUGGAUUCCUUUCUUCUUUUCUUUUAUUAUAUUUUUAUAAUUUCUUAAAUCUUAUAAUCUCUCAUGAUUCUGUGGAACAUUGAGAUUUAAUAACAGCUAACAGAAAAAAAAACUCUGAAGAUAUUACAAAGAUUUAAAAAGAACGAAAUGGAAUGCGUAGAGUCUUUCAGACCUCACCUUUCCGACAACGAGUUAAACGAAGUUUGGGUUAUAUUCUGGCUUUUUGUCUUGUAAUUCUACAUGACUGAAAAAAGGACCAAUAACAUUGAUCUAUACUAUAAUAUAUAACAUUUAAUUGUACUUCAAUGCAUGCGUCUAAUAGAGGAAGAAUAAACGAAUGUAAUACAGA